UUAUUCCUGCCUCUCUAUUAGGACAGAUGCACUCUGUGUUCUGGGUUCAUCUUUGAGCUAAGCUUUCUAGCUCUGGCCUUGUCUUUAAUCAGCUCAGUGUGCAGCAACUAUGAAGGUCUCCUGCUUUCUGCUGCUGAUCUUUUCUUUAUCCAGCUUCCUGAUCAACCCAGUUUCUGGUGAUGAUUCAAUAAAAUGUUUGGAAAAGAAUAACACCUGUCACACCAUCCAAUGCUCAUAUUUUCAAGAUGAGGUCAGCACGUGUUAUGAAGGAAGAGGCAAGUGUUGCCAAAAACGCCUUUUGUAUAUCAGAGUUCCAAGGAAGAAGAAGGUGUGACCAUUGCUAUAAUAAAUGAAAACAUCCUGA